AUGACAGGGGACGUGGCCAUGGUCCCAACCCUCUCCGGCAAGGAAUUCCCCGGGGACGACUACGCAUGCGCGAUACUCACCGGCGAUGACCUCGACGUGCCGCUCUGCUCGCCGAGUUUCUUCCGCCUACUCAUUGUCUACGGUCGCCGAGGCUUCACAGCGCUACGGUCCUUCUCCUCGGACACCGGCAGCUGGGGUCCCGAAUGCAAGAAGCCCGGUGCCAAGAUCAGCGGCCACGUGCUCCGUCAGCUAGGCCCGGCCGUCGUGCUCCACGGCGUGGCCUACUGGCCCAUGAAUCGUGCCGCGUUCGGCGUGCGGCUCGGCAGCACGGCGGCAGCGGCGGCGGCGAUCAUGGACGUGUGCUCGGUGCCAUACAGAUACAGGUUAACGAACUGGAAGCCGGACGAGGAUUAUCGGAGGCCGAGGGGUGCCCAUAAUUCGCUUCUCAACCUCACUGUGCUUGAGGACGCCGUCGGCUACAAGAGCACCACCACCUCCGUUGAUCGAAGUGACGAGGACAUCUCCAUCGACUUACCCCAGAUCAAAGCGACGAGGACAACCCCCAUGAAGCCGUGGUGGUUCGGUGAGAAGAGUGGCACGCUCAUCUUCACUGUGGAGGAGACGAGCAGCACAAGUGCCGUCUUCGCGUUGAACGUUGCGACGAGAUCACUGGAGAAGCUGGCCGAUGGCGUUAGCAAUCAUACGUGCUGCAGAAGACUGUAUGGUUAUGAGAUGGAUCGCGCAGCGCUUCUUGCCUCGGUAGCUCCUCAGUAG